AUGGACGACUUCGAGCAGCUGGAACUGCUAUCGCUGGUGUCCAAAGUCACAUCGGAGAUCAACAAUUAUAUGGGCAUCGCGGACAAAACCAUCGCGGAAUUCGUCAUUGACCAGCACGCCAAAUGCACGACUUCCAAGGACUUUGAGGCUGCGUUGGAGGAAUAUGAGUUCCCGAAGAGCUUGGCGGAGAGUAUAGAUCGGCUCAUCCGGACUUUGCAUCCGAAGUAUAAGAAUGGAAAUAAGAAAGCUGGGCACAAUGGGGUUGAGAACAAGAAGAAGUUUACGGGUCUGAGUCUGCCGGAUCAGGAAGUGGGGUUUGAUGAAGAAGGCGAUGGCGAUGGCGAUGAUCUGGACGACACGUUUGCCAUCUUGGAGAGCAUGGCUGGACCGCCGAAAGCGAAGGCGAAUGGAAAUGGGAAUGGGAAUGGGAGGAAGAGGAGUAUGAGUCCGGUGGAAGAGCACAAGCGGGAUAGUAAGAGGCACCGCCAUUCGAGAUCACGGUCGCCGAGGCGGAGAAAUGACGAGUACCUGUUCGAGGACGAGUUCGGACGCACAAGACCGCACAAGUCAUCAGAGAAGCACUCGCGGGAGGAGAGAGAUGGGAGGCGUGGACGGCGGAGAAGAGAUUCGUAUGAUGAGCCGCCACGACAGAAGAUCGAUGAUGAGCCGGUGUUAUACAAGGUCUACGACGGCAGGGUGACAGGUGUCAAGGACUUUGGCGUCUUCGUCAACCUGCGAGGUGUCAAGGGCAAGGUGGAUGGAUUGGUUCAUGUCAGUGCCAUGGCCGACCAUAAAGUCAACCAUCCCUCCGAUUUAGUGGCGAGAGAUCAGGAAGUCAAGGUCAAAGUCAUGAAGGUGCAAAAUGGACGUAUCAGCUUGAGCAUGUUGGAGGUGGAUCAGGUCAGCGGGCAAGAUUUGAAUGCUGGCAGGAGGUUGCUCACUGGUGCUACUGGUGCGAACGCUGUGGGUCUGAAUGGCGGCGUGCCUGGCGAUCCCAUGGCUCCUGGCGUGCCUAUCAUCGAGGGUAAUGGUGCAGGGAGAAGGCCUAAGAAGCGCAUGACCAGUCCUGAGAGGUGGGAGAUCAGACAGCUCAUUGCUUCCGGCGUGAUCAAGGCUGCUGAAUAUCCCGAUCUGGACGAGGAGUACAACAACGCUGCAAACGGAGAAAUGAUCGAGGAGGAAGAGGAUGUGGAUAUCGAAGUCCGAGAAGACGAACCACCGUUCCUGGCUGGUCAGACAAAGCAAAGUCUGGAGCUAUCACCUAUCCGAGUCAUCAAAGCACCCGACGGUAGCAUGAACAGAGCAGCUAUGCAAGGCGAUGUCCUCGCCAAAGAGCGCCGAGAUCUCCGCCAGCAGGAAAUGCAAGACAAAGCCGCCAAAGAAGCAAGCAAGACCGACCUCGGCCAAGAAUGGAACGAUCCGAUGGCCAACGAGAAACGCUUCGCAUCAGAUCUACGCCAGAAUGCAAGCCAAGCAGCCAAAGGCACCGAAGUCCCCGAAUGGAAGAAGAUCGCUUCUGGCCGCGGUGCGGAAAUGGGCAAGCGCUCCAACCUCUCCAUCAAAGAGCAGCGAGAAACCCUCCCAGCGUUCAAGAUGCGCAGACAGUUCCUCGAGGCUGUCAGACAGUACCAACUCAUGAUUGUAGUCGGCGAUACCGGGUCUGGCAAAACUACUCAGCUAACCCAAUAUCUUGCUGAAGACGGCUAUGGUAACAAUGGUCUCAUGAUUGGGUGUACGCAACCUCGUCGUGUGGCUGCCAUGUCCGUUGCACAGCGCGUGAGCGAUGAAGUAGGAUGUAGACUCGGGGAAGAGGUGGGGUAUACCAUCCGUUUCGAGGACAAGACUUCCGACCGUACGAGGAUAAAAUACAUGACCGAUGGAAUCCUGCAGCGAGAAAUCCUACUCGACCCGGAGUUGAACAAGUACUCCGUCAUCAUGCUCGACGAAGCCCACGAACGCACGAUCGCCACCGAUGUCCUAUUCGGCCUCCUCAAGAAGACGCUCAAGCGCAGACCAGACAUGAAAGUCAUCAUCACCUCUGCCACCCUCGACGCCGAAAAAUUCAGCUCCUACUUCCUCGAAUGCCCCAUCCUCACUAUCCCCGGUCGCACUUUCCCAGUCGAAAUCAUGUACUCCCGCGACCCAGAAAGCGAUUACCUCGACUCCGCCCUCACGACGGUGAUGCAAAUCCAUCUCACGGAGCCGGCGGGCGAUAUUUUGCUCUUCUUGACUGGAAAAGAGGAGAUCGAUACGAGUUGUGAGAUUCUGUACGAGAGGAUGAAAGCCCUGGGACCGUCAGUGCCGGAACUCGUCAUCUUACCCAUCUACGGCGCCCUGCCGAGUGAGAUCGCUAGUCGAAUCUUCGAGCCCGCGGCUGAAGGGAGCAGGAAGGUGGUGAUUGCCACGAACAUUGCCGAGACCUCGAUUACGAUUGAUGGGAUAUACUUCGUCAUCGACCCUGGUUUCGUCAAACAGACAGCCUACGAUGCUAAACUCGGCAUGGAUCGAUUGCAAGUCACACCCAUCUCGCAAGCGCAGGCGAAACAGCGGGCUGGUCGUGCUGGACGUACAGGGCCGGGAAAGUGUUUCAGGUUGUAUACGGAGAGUGCUUUUCAGAACGAGAUGUUGCCGACCACAAUCCCGGAGAUUCAGAGGCAGAAUCUGGCGAAUACGAUUUUGAUGCUUAAAGCUAUGGGAAUCAAUGAUUUGUUGGGGUUUGAUUUCAUGGAUCCCCCGCCGACGAAUACUAUGCUCACGGCGCUGGAGGAGUUGUAUGCACUCUCUGCCCUGGACGACGAAGGCCUCCUCACGAGGAUGGGAAGACGAGUGGCCGAUUUCCCUAUGGAGCCUACACUGGCCAAAUCCCUCAUCAUCUCCGUGGAGUUGGGUUGUAGUGAGGAAAUGCUGAGUAUCGUCGCCAUGAUCUCGGCCGUGCAAACGGUCUUCCACCGUCCGAAGGAAAAGCAACAGCAGGCUGAUCAGAAGAAAGCGCGUUUCCAUGACCCAGCGGGCGAUCAUCUGACCCUGUUGAAUGUCUACCAAGGCUGGGCUGGAGCGGGCAAGGGCGACCCGUGGUGUUUUGAGAAUUUCGUCCAGCCCAGAUCCAUGCGCAGGGUAGAAGACGUACGAAAACAACUCGUACAAAUCUUCGAACGACAUCGCCUCCGCAUCGUCUCCUGCGGCCGCGAGAGCCUGCGAGUCCGCCAAGCCCUCUGCGCCGGCUUCUUCCGCAACUCCGCCCGCAAAGACCCCCAAGAAGGCUACAAGACCCUCGUCGAAGGAACACCAGUCUUCAUGCACCCUUCCUCCGCCUUAUUCGGCAAAGCCGCCGAACACGUCAUCUAUCACAGUCUCGUCGAGACGACGCGGGAGUAUAUGCAUAAUGUUACUGCUAUUGAGCCGAAGUGGCUUGUCGAGGCUGCGCCGACUUUCUUUAAGGUGGCGGGGAGGGAUGGGGGGAUGAGUAGGAGGAAGAGGGAGGAGGUUAUUAAACCCCUCCAUAAUCGGUUCGCGGGGGAGGAUGAUUGGAGGUUGUCGGCGCAGAGGCGGCAGGGGAGGGGGGGGGGGGGGACUUGGGGAUAG